AGGUGAUGGAAAUGUACUGGAACAAUGGGAGAAGCCGGUAACUUAUAGGAAGCCAAGAUGACAAGAAUUUUCUGAAGUAAUCAAAGGAAGAAUCCUACUCAACAAUGAGGUGAAUUAAUGGUCAGACACACAAGAACCCUGGACAACUACAUGAAGUGUUUAAAAACUGCCCUAACCAUCUUGCCAAACCAGCCUCUGCUCAUGAGGCCUGACAGAAUGAAUAAGCCAAGGAGGGACGGUGUCCUGCCCUGUAGGAACAGUGUCUGCUGACCUUCUAACAGCAAGCUGGGGACCACAUGCUGUCUGCCAGUACAAUGAAGGAAGUGGUUUCCUGGUCACCCAAGAAGGUGGCCGACUGGCUCUUAGAGAAUGCUAUGCCAGAAUACUGUGAACCUCUGGAACAUUUCACAGGCCGGGACUUGAUCAACCUAACCCAGGAGGAUUUCAGAAAACCCCCCUUGUGCCGAGUCUCCUCCGACAACGGGCAGCGGCUCUUGGACAUGAUAGAGACCCUGAAAAUGGAACAGCACAUGGAAGCACACAAGAACGGCCAUGCCAACGGGCACCUCAGCAUUGGCACAGACGUUCCCUCCCACAACAGCAGCUUCAGCAGCAAGGUCAAACCCAACGGGAUGCCAAAUGGGUAUAGGAAGGAGAUGAUCAAGAUCCCCAUGCCAGAGCCAGAGCGCUCCCAGUACCCCAUGGAGUGGGGAAAGACUCUGCUGGCCUUUGUUUAUGCACUUUCCUGUUUCGUUCUCACCACAGUGAUGAUCUCGGUCGUCCAUGAACGAGUACCUCCUAAGGAGGUGCAGCCUCCACUACCGGACACGUUUUUUGACCAUUUUAACCGGGUGCAGUGGGCCUUUUCUAUCUGUGAAAUUAACGGCAUGAUCCUUGUAGGACUCUGGUUAAUUCAGUGGCUGCUCCUAAAAUACAAGUCUAUUAUUAGCAGAAGAUUCUUCUGCAUAGUUGGCACGCUGUACCUGUAUCGCUGUAUUACUAUGUAUGUAACUACACUCCCAGUACCUGGUAUGCAUUUCAACUGUUCUCCGAAGCUUUUUGGAGACUGGGAAGCCCAGCUGCGGAGAAUAAUGAAGCUCAUUGCUGGAGGUGGCCUGUCCAUUACUGGCUCUCACAACAUGUGUGGGGACUAUCUGUACAGCGGCCACACAGUCAUGCUAACACUCACUUACUUAUUUAUCAAAGAGUAUUCCCCUCGGCGACUCUGGUGGUACCACUGGAUUUGCUGGCUUCUCAGCGUAGUUGGAAUAUUCUGUAUUCUCUUGGCGCAUGACCACUACACUGUGGACGUGGUGGUGGCGUAUUACAUCACCACGAGACUCUUUUGGUGGUAUCACACUAUGGCCAAUCAGCAAGUGCUAAAAGAAGCUUCUCAGAUGAAUCUCCUGGCCAGGGUGUGGUGGUACAGGCCAUUUCAGUACUUUGAAAAGAAUGUCCAGGGAAUUGUACCUCGAUCUUACCAUUGGCCCUUCCCCUGGCCAGUAGUCCACCUUGGUAGGCAAGUUAAAUACAGUCGGUUGGUGAACGACACAUAACAGCUGUACAAAGGUGGGGAAAGAGGAACUGUCCAAAGUGCUAAGAACUUCAUGAGAAAAGAUGCCAUAAAAUAAACACCUCCCUAAUCCUAUUCUCUUUCAACAGUUACCUUGACUUAACCUAUUCAGUUACCUGGUCAGCACUGUGAUCUUUUUUCUCUCCAAAGGACCUGUGUUGGACAACAAUAAAGAAAAUUUAACCUAUCAUGCACUGUACACAUUUCCUGUUCAUAGGUUUGGGAUUUACAUAACCCGCAACCACCAUUUUCCUUUGUAUAUGAUGCAACAGCAUAAAUGUAAGCUUUUAUAUCAUAAGUUCUGGUCUUUCCAGUAACAUCUGGAAAUAAAGCGUAUUAUUUUCUUGGGAAAA